AUGGCUAAAGAAGCCAUGAAAACUCUCAUCGCUCUCGAACACCCUUUCCUCUACCUUCCAAACCCAAUCCCAUCCACUCAACGCAUCUCGCUCCUCUCUCACGAACCCUCGAGGAAUCCAAACUUCAACCGGAGGAGAGCACGGCGGCUGCAAGCGGAAGCUGCAAAGGGCUUCGGCGGGGGCCCAGCCAUGAAAAGCAAGCCGAAGGCCGACAGAGACGAGGAGGGGGAGGACGAGGACGAGAAAUUGCCGGAGGAUGUGUGGAACAGAAUCACGAGGAGGAUAUUGUUUUACGUGGGAGCUCCGAUGGCGACUGGUCUUGGGGCGGUGCAAAUCCUGGGCACGGUGAAGGAGCGAGGGAUCUGGGACGUGCCUAACUGGGUGCCGAUCUUGACGAUUUUCGUGUUUCUGAGUGCGUCGAGUCUUGGAGUUGUGUAUGGGGCUCUGUCGGCGAGCUGGGUUUCUGAGAGGGAGGGAUCUGCUCUUGGGUUUGAAGAAGCUCAGAGAAAUUGGGCUGAAAUGUGGAGAGAAGAAGAAGAUGAUCAAAACAAGUAA